UGGCGCCGCGACCUCAUGUGAAACACCAUCCGCACGAGCCACAGAACACACUAGUCGUCCUCCAACCGACGUUUUUGUGCCUCUGCGGCGGAAAAAGCGCGAUGGAGACACGGAUUGUGUCUGCCUGAAGCAUUAAGGCCCUUUUCGGAAAACGGCAUUAUUCCCAGCUAACAUCUAGACGCUCUUUUUAAGUCGGGACUUAUUUCAACAGGGGCGACACGACGAUGUGGAUCCAGGUCCGCACCAUAGACGGGAAGGAGACCCGAACCGUGGACGAUCUCUCCAGGCUGACUAAAAUCGAGACCCUCCGCGUGAAAAUACGGGAUAUCUUCAACGUGAGCCCUCAGCAACAGCGUCUCUUCUACCGGGGCAAGCAGAUGGAAGAUGGCCAGACGCUGUUUGACUACAACGUGGGUCUCAAUGACAUUGUCCAGCUGCUGAUUCGCUCCCAAACAGAUGCUUUGGACAGCCCCAUGUCCAUGGACCAACCCAGCGUGGCAUGUACUUCCACUCCUGCGCCAGCCUCUGCUGUCCCUUGGGCCGAAAGUCCCGAUCGCCCUGCUCCCAUCUCCCCUGCUGUUAUGGAAACUUCCACUGAUAAAGACAAUGACUGCAGCGACACGGCUGAAACUGCCGAUGAUACAAAGCUGGAUGCCAUCGUCCCCAGUUACUCAGCCAGCACCAAGAAUGGCUUGGAGCCCUCUAGUCCGACGCGAGACACACAACCGCCGACAUCUAGCAAGAACACUCUGUUGAACCCAGGAAUUGGGAUAUACAAAAUCAACGAACUGGUAGACUGCAGGGACGCGACCGUGGGCGCCUGGUUCGAGGCCUGCGUGGAGAAUGUGACACGUGCCCCAAAAGGACCUGUCAAGGGCAAAGUAGGGCGGCCCCCCAAAAGGACUAAUGGAAAGCUGGAGGGUGAGCAGGGGCAGCAGCCUCUCAGCUCAGGCCAAAGCACAGACACUGUCAGGAAUAAUGGAAACUCUGUAAACUCUGAAAGCAACGGAGGCUCUACAUCGCAGACGGACUCCAAUGAAGAGGACGUCAUUUAUCAUAUUAAAUAUGAGGACUACCCCGAGAAUGGUCUUGUGGAGAUGCGAGCAGCAGAUGUGCGGCCACGUGCCCGCACCCUGCUGUGCUGGGACCAGCUCACUGUAGGCAUGCACGUGUUCAUCAACUACAACAUGGAAACGCCGGAGGAGAGGGGCUUCUGGUUUGAUGCGGAGAUUCAGACCCUCAACCAAGUUUCCCGCACCAACAAGGAGCUCCGAGUCAAGAUUUUUCUGGGAGGUCCCGGCGACGUGAUAGGGGAUUGUAAGGUUCACUUCUUGGAUGAAAUCUACCAGGUGGAGAAGCCAGGAGCACCGGCGCUGUGUGCUGCAGAUGGACAAUUCAAACGGAAGAGCGGACCGGAGUGCAAGCACUGCAAGGCCGAUCCGGAUGCAGAGUGCCGGUUCUGCUCGUGCUGCGUAUGCGGUGGCAAGCAGGACGCACACAUGCAGCUGCUCUGCGAUGAGUGCAACAUGGCCUUCCACAUCUAUUGCCUCAAUCCGCCACUGUCUACUAUACCGGAUGAUGAGGACUGGUACUGUCCCACCUGUAAGAAUGACACCAGUGAAGUGGUCAAGGCUGGGGAAAAGCUCAAGGCUAGCAAGAAGAAGGCCAAAAUGCCCUCGGCAACCACAGAGAGUCAACGAGACUGGGGCAAGGGCAUGGCCUGUGUGGGACGUACUAAGGAGUGUACCAUUGUUCCUUCCAACCACUACGGACCUAUUCCCGGCGUUCCUGUUGGAACAACUUGGAAAUUUCGAGUUCAGGUGAGCGAGGCUGGGGUUCACAGACCACAUGUCGGCGGCAUCCACGGUCGCAGUAACGACGGCUCUUACUCGCUGGUGUUGGCGGGUGGCUUUGAGGAUGAAGUGGACCGGGGGGAUGAGUUCACAUACACGGGCAGCGGAGGCCGCGACCUCUCUGGAAACAAACGCAUCGGUGAGCACUCGUUUGACCAGACGCUGACCCACAUGAACAGAGCUUUGGCGCUGAACUGUGAUGCCCCACUGAAUGACAAAGUUGGAGCCGAGUCCCGAAACUGGCGGGCUGGGAAACCGGUGAGAGUAGUGCGCAGCUCCAAAGGUCGCCGCAUCAGCAAAUAUGCCCCUGAGGAGGGAAACCGCUAUGAUGGCAUCUACAAGGUGGUGAAAUACUGGCCGGAGAUCGGCAAGUGUGGCUACUUGGUGUGGAGAUACCUGCUGAGACGGGAUGAUCAGGAACCAGCACCCUGGACCCCUGAAGGACUGGACAGGAUCAAGAAAUUGGGUCUCUUGAUCCAGUACCCACCAGGCUACCAGGCAGUCAUGGCGAAUAAGACAAGGAAGGAGGCCAUUGCCCGGCCAGGUCGCGGCGGUCGGGGUGGUCGGGGUAAGCACCACUCUGGAAGGGGCAGGGGCCGGCCGCGCAAGCAACCCAAGGUGGAGAAAGACCAGGAAGAGGAGGAUGAAGGGUUGGAGCAUCUGAUGGCUGCAGUGGAAGAGGACGAGGAUUUGGAGCCGCAAAGUAACGGUGAUCAGAAGACGAGUGAGGACUCAGAUUUUUCACCAGCAUCUGAGCCGCCCUCUAAGCGCGUGAAGGUGGAAGAGGCAUUCGUGCUAUCGGAGCAGCAGCAACAGUUAAUCGAAGAGGACGCGGCCAACAAGAAGCUCUGGGAUGAGGCCUUGGGGUACCUCGCUGAGGGGCCAAACUUUCUGCGGAAGAUGGAGCAGAUUUUCAUGUGCGUUUGCUGCCAGGAGCUAGCUUUCCAGCCAAUCACCACUGUCUGCUCGCACAAUGUUUGCAAGAUGUGCCUCCAGCGCUCGUUCCGGGCGGAGGUGUACACCUGCCCCGCCUGCCGCCACGACCUGGGCAAGGACUACGACAUGACGCAAAACAAGACUCUGCAGGUUCUGCUGGACCAGUUCUUUCCCGGCUACACAAAGGGCCGAUGAGAUCCAUGGCGCUCCAAACCAGAAGGCGCGCACACACACACAAACAAAUACAGUACCUACACAUACUUGCAUAUACCGUUGAAAGCUCCACUUUAAACAUGAUUGCACUUCCCUCAAUGGGCCAAUAUAUAGUGCGUCACACAGCCAUUUUAUGUAUACAGUACAAUCAUCGAGCACACAAAGCACCUCAAUAGGUUCCGACCUCAUCUGUUGUCUCCAUAAACCUCACCAACUUGAGAUUUUACAACACGGACUUGAACGCACGCAUUCGCAAGCCCGCCACACACACACACUGGACUGCUGAGAGUAUAAAAAAAUUUGUUUGAGGGAGGCUUUUAGCUAAGUCACUAUGAGAGGAAUUUUUAUCUGAGUCAUGCCUGCCAGCCUGCAUUUUUGUGUACCAUACAUUGGACACCCAUGCACUUUUAUUAUAACGUCUUGGUUGAACACCCUAUUUGACGUGUUUUGAUGACACACUUGUAACAUUCCCCAUCUCUCUCAUGUAUCUUCAUUAACUGUCUUCAGGAGGAUCUUUGUAUGCGUAGUUGGUUGGGUGGAAAGAAGUCCCAAACAAAGUAGCAGGCAAUGUUGAUACGAUGAAAUUUAGCGGGCAAUAUCUCCAAUAUAUAAACACUUCAAGGUCUGAAGACUGGAGGAGGUUUAGAGCAGUGUUUUUCAACCGGUGUGUCGUCAGGUGUGCCGCGAAAAAUUAUCAAUUAUUGGGCAUUUGUUUUCACGUCGUCAGGCAGAGUUCCAAUAGGAAGGAAAGAGUAGGUAGAAGAUUACGGUCGUGUACAGACGAGCGAGGUAUGCGUUCAAGAACUGCUCGGAUUUCUAGCUAUCAGCCACAUUGCUGUCCACGACAAUGUGGACCCAGCACGUCUAUUGUACAUCAUUUGAUUAGACUCGUCAAAUGUCGAUAUACACCAAAGUGUUCUUUCCAUUUUAUCCAUAUGUGACGACCGUCAAUCCUCUCCCUGUGUUUUAUUCCAACACACUGACGAAGACAGCAUGGUUGCUGAUGGCUAGAAAUCCGAGCAGUUCUUGAAGCGACACGAUCAGCUAUCCAACGGCUCCAUGGUGCCAAGCAAGCUUAAACGUCAUCUCCUAAAGAAACACCCAUCGCUUCAAAACAAGUAGAUGGACUAUUUUGUUUGCCUUUGUGAAAACACAGAAAAGCAGGCAACUUUUUGGGGAAAAACUACAUAGGCAAAUGAGAAAGCCCUCAAAGCCAGUUAGUUACCUUGUUGCUGAACUUGUUGCUAAAUCUAAAAAGUCCCACACUGUGGUUUGGACAUUAAUACUAACUGCCUGCAAAGUCACUGUCAGCGAGAUGCUCACCCCUGAUGCGUUUUAAGACAUUUCUAGUCCCUCUGUCUGAUAAUAUUAAUAUAGAUAGAUAAUUUUAUAUAUGGAACAUUCGUUCAUUCGCUGCCAUCCCUCCCUCUUCAAACGGAUUGAACGUCUAUGGCCGUCCGUGGCAGCCAAUGCCAGGCAAUGAGGUAAUUUUGGGCCAUUUAAGUUCAUUUACCUGUUGAUUUUCAGUUACUUCCUGUUGAUUUGGGGGUAUUUUAUGAGUCACCUACUGUUUAUUUUGCAUUACAGAACAGGAAAUGACCUGGGAAUCGCCCAAAUGAAUAGGCAGUGACUCAAACUCAACAGAGAAUGACCUGUAAAUGCUUUAAAAUGAACAGCUAGUGACCUGUAAAUGCCCGGAAAAUCGGACAGAAUGACUGUGAAUAUUUUGUCACACCCCUACUUCACAUAAAUGAAGAAUGCUUCUCAAAGUGGCUGCUAACAUGCUUGUGUAGAUACCUCUUCCUAAAUACAUCUAUGUGCAUGAUAUUCCAGAAAAUAAUGCUAUGAAUUCGUUUAGGAACGUAUAAACAUUCCAGACAUUAGCAACAACGCCUCCCAUAAAAAAGUGAUGAAUAGCUCCAAACGACCUUGUUAAACAUGAUUGUUUUCGUUCAGGAAUGUCCCGAAGGACCAAAUGUGUUUGAAGUAUAGCUCAAGGCCACGCUUGUUACCAGGCAAACCAGAUGAAGCAGGGUCAAAUAUGGCGGGUUUCAGUGGAAAUUUACACGAUUAUUGUAUGUUAGGCAAUGUAAAUCAUUACAGUUAGUUACUCUUUCGACAAGAAAUCCUUUGUUGCACUGCUGAUGGCACCAUUUGACGUGUUCUUGUUGGUAGGCCCAGUUUGACAUUUUUUAUGAGGCAGAUUUAUUUACUUGGAUGACACACCUCUGUUGUCUUUGAUCUGUCUGGGGAUGUUCACCAUUUCCACGAUUUUUACAAAAUUAUUUGUUUUCCCUGCUAUCUACUGUUAACCCGUUCGUGUAUUAAUUAUGAUUUGUUUGUUUUUUUGUUUACCCUUAGAGUGCAGUCAUUUAACUACCGUAAUUUCUGGACUAUAAGGCGCACCUGACUAUAAGCCGCCGCACACCAAACUUGACACGAAAACGCCAUUUGUUCAUAGAUAAGACGCACUGGACUAUAAGCCGCAGUUGUCCGCAUUGUAUUAUGGGAUAUUUACACCAAAAGAUAUUAACUGGUAACACUUCAUUUGACAAUGGUAUCAUAAGACUCUGCUACCAGCUGCUGUCAACACUUGUUAUCCAACCUUCCUCCUAGCAUGCAUUGCGGCGCUACAUAAUGUAAAUAACAAUUAUGUUCUGUGCUAAUUAUUUCUUCAGUUACUGUUUCAAUUAUUUCAUUAAUUGCUGGUUAUGGUAUUUGCUAACAUUUUCUUGGAUAGUGGUACCAUAAUAAUGUCAUAAGACAGUCAUAAUUAUUACAUGACACUGUCAUAAGCACUAAUGAAUGCUUAUAAUAGAUGUCGGUAAGUGUCAUCCAGCAAAUUAGCUCACUUUUGAAUGGACGUAAAAUAUCUGAGCUGGACAUAAAUGGAGUUAGUGACAUAAUAUGCCACAUGACACAUAUUGACAUCUGUCAUAAGCAUUCAGUACUGCCCAUGAUAGUGUCAUGUCAUAAUUAUGAUGUCCUUAUGAUGCCGCUGUCAAAUAAAGUGUUACCUAUUAACCCAAAUAAAUCAACAAAUAAGCUGCACUGGACUAUAAGCCACAGGAUUCAAAAUGAGGGGAAAAAGUAGCGGCUUAUAGUCCGAAAAUUAGGGUAAUUGGCUGCCCCUGACGGCAGUAGACGACCAAUACAUCUUGACUGGGAAGGGUGAAUGAACGCUCGUCAGAUAUAACAUUGAUAGAUUGGAACACUUAGACACUGUGUUAUACUUUAAGGAGCAGAGGUAUUUGCACCGCUUGUGGUUUUGCAAGUUCACCCACUUGGAAAAAUGGUAGAGGUCUGAAAUUCCAAUCAUUGAUGCAUUUCCAGUCAUAGAGACAUAAAAAGUCCACAUUUACUCCAUGGCUAACCACCUGUUUGUACUCAAUAUCACAUAUGCACCCAGCAGUCAGUCAUAAUCCAACUGCUACUUUGUGCAAGACCAGAAAGCUUUCGAAAGACACCAGAGAAAAAAUUGUUGUGCCCCACAAAGCUGGAAAAGGCUAUGGGACAAUUGGAAAGCAGCUUGGUGAGAAUACAUCAACAUUUGCAGCAAUUGUUAGAAAAUGGAAAAGGCUAAACAUGACUGAUAAUCUACCUCUGAUUGGGGCUCCAUGUAAAAUCUCUCCUCGUGGGACAUCGCUCAUAAUGAGAAAAGUGGGGGCUCAGUCUAGAACUACACGGCAGGAGCUGGUCAAUGACCUGAAGAGAGCUGGAUGCACAGUUUCAAAGGCUACUGUCUUUAGGACACUACUGUGCAGUGGUUGAAAAUCACGCAGUGCUCCGAAGGUUCCCCUCUUGAAGCCAGAACAUUUGAAGGCCCGUCUGAAGUUUGCCAGGGACCAUCUGAAUGAUGCAGAGUGGUCAUGGGAGAAACUCAUGUGGUCAUAUGAGACCAAAGUCGAACUUUUUGGUGCAAACUUUACUCUUCAUGUGUGGAGGAAAAAGAAGGAUGAGUACAAUCCCAAGAACACCAUCCCCACUGUGAAGCACAGGGGUGGAAACUUGGAUGACUGUACUAUAUAAAGCAGAUGAAGGUUCUGGAGUAGCCCAGCCGGUCUCCAGACCUCAAUCCAAUAGAAAAUCUUUGGAUGGAGCUGGAACUUUGUGUUUCUCAACGACAGCCUGACAGAUCUGGACAAGAUUUUUGUGGAAGAAUGGCCCAAAAUCUCUGUUUCCAUAUGUGAAAAUCUGGUGAAAGAAAUACAGAAAGCUUCUGACUUCUGUAACUGCAAACAAAGGCUUCUGCACUAAAUAUUAGCACUGAUUUUCUCAGGGGUACAAAUACUUAUGAACCCUAGCACAUUACAAAUACAUUAUUGAAAAAUCAUACAAUGCGAAUUCUGGAUUAUUUUUUUAGAUUGUUUAUAUAAGUGGAAAUGCAUCUAUGAUUGAAAUUUCAGACCUUUACCUAUUUUCUAAAUGGGUGAACUUCACACCUACAAAUCACAAGGGGUGCAAAUACUUAUGUUCCUCACUGUAGCUCUGUGCAUCAUCAACCCUACCCUCGCCCACCCGGACUUCUUUUACGCCCGAAACCCGGACUCCCUAGGUGCCCAUGCCCAGGUGCGGCCGCACCGCAAGCUUUGGCCCUAGCCUGGACAGCCAUUGAAACGACACAGGUUGACUCCCUGGUUUCCAAGAUGGUGCAACUUGAAGUUUUUGCUACGCUGGCACGGAUUUACCUCCAUCAGAUUUAACGUACAAGUUUACUUUUUAACUAUCGUAAUUUUGCACUAUAAGGCACACCUGACGAUAAGCAGCCACCCACCAAAUUUGACACGAAAAAGGCAUUUGUUCAUAGAUAAGCCGCACUGGAGUAAAAGCCGCAGCUGCCACCACUGUAUUAUGUGAUAUUUACACUAAAAGAUAUCAACCGAUAACACUUUAUUUGACAGCGGCAUCAUAAGACCGUCAUAAGACCAAAUGAACCACCAUGAAGCAUUGAACCAAUUGGCUGCCAAGCUUCAUUGCUUCAAGAAGCUCCAUUUGUCCAUCACUGUUCUCUUGGAGGAGACAGUCAACCUCUGCUGCCACCUGCUGUCGUCCAACAUGCCUCUUAGCAUGUAUUGCAGCGCUUCAGAUGUAAAUAACAAAUCAAAAAUCAUGUUCUGUGCUAAUUAUUUCAGUUACUGUUCUUGUUGUUUCAUUAAUUGCUAUUUAUGGAAUUUGGUAACUCUUUAUUUGACAGUAGCACCAUCAGACUGUCAUAAGACCACCAUAAUUAUGACAUGACACUGCCAUGAGCAUUAAUGUCAUCCGGCAAAUUAUUUCCCUUUUGAAUAGAUGUAAAAGAUCCGAGCUGGACAUUGUCAGGGAAGCUCAAGUUUCAACUCCAAGACAAGUGUUACCUCAAUAGCCCGAUUAGAGAAAUGAAUACGACCAACCAAAGAUUGCCUGCUUCGAAGACUUUAUAAACAUGAUAUAUCAAGGGUACAAAAUGAUGUGAUUCAGCUAGGAGCUGUGAUCACCUAGAAGUACAAAGAAAUACAAUAGAGGCUGGACAUUUAUACUGUUGAAAGGGUGGUGCCGAAGAACACCGUGAAACGAAACUUACUAAGAAACGAAACUCGUCAUCUCACAAACCUGGGUAUUUUUCCAUACAAAAACAUCUUUGAGCUGAGACCUUGAGCACUGGUCCUGGCUGGGAGAGAGUGAGUCAGAUCUGAUAAGGGCAGACACCCAUUGUAUUUAGGGUUGUUCCGAUCAUGUUUUUUUGCUCCCGAUCCGAUCCCGAUCGUUUUAGUUUAAGUAUCUGCUGAUCCCGAUAUUUCCCGAUCCGAUUGCUUUUUUUUGUUCCCGAUUCAAUUCCAAUCAUUCCCGAUAAUUUUUCCCGAUCAUAUACAUUUUGGCAAUGAAUUAAGAAAAAAAUGAAUAAAACUCGGACGAAUAUAUACAUUCAACAUACAGUACAUAAGUACUGUAUUUGUUAUGACAAUAAAUCCUCAAGAUGGCAUUUACAUUAUUAACAUUCUUUCUGUGAGAGGGAUCCAUGGAUAGAAAGACUUGUGACUUUGUAUAUUGUGACUAAAUAUUGCCAUCUAGUGUAUUUGUUGAGCUUUCAGUAAAUGAUACUGAAGGCCAUGCCCAAAUGCAUGAUGGGAAGUGGAACCAUGACUGCGUAGUCCUGCCAAUUGAUAUAUCUUCUCUGCGUUGGGAAAUAACAUAAGGUGUUAAGGAAAAGAUCAAUUGCUACCUUGCUUCCCCACAUUGCUUCCCAUGAUAUUUCUAAUCAUAGGGAGAGGGAUUAUAAGGCUUUAGCCAAUUAAAAAAAGGCUCCAAAGGCUGCCAAAAUUCACUCUACUCAUUUUACGCUGCCUUUUAUCUCUCUAUAUAGGUAAGACGGCGCCAUUACAGAUUGACUGCGACAAUGCGUGGGUGGGUCGUGCAGCGCAUGCAUGAAUUGUGUUAAAUAUUUUAACGUGAUACAUUUUUAAAAAAAUAAAUUACCGCCGUUAUCGGGAUUAAUUUGAUAACCCUACCUUAAGCCGAAACUAAAGACUCUGGAUGAGUGUAACAUAUUAUGUUUGUUACAUUAAAUACAAUUAGAAAACGAUUUAAUAUAUAUAUAUAUAUAUAUAUAUAUAUAUAUAUAUAUAUAUUAAAAAAAGGCAUGGCCGAUAUUUUUUUUGCCGAUUCCGAUACUUUGAAAAUGACGUGAUCGGACCCGAUCGAUCGGGAUGCCAAUCUAUCGGGACAUCUCUAAUUGUAUUCAUUCAGGGCAUAUUGGAAAACACAGGAACAUAACGGUCCAGAUUUGGGCAAAUUGUGAUACAGUCUACAAUAGUCAAGGCUAUGAGAAGGCACACUCAAACAUGUUAAUAUAACAGUGAUGCUCCAUGCUACAAUGUUCUCAUGCAAGCAUAACAAAAGUAUACAAAAUAUGAUGUAUAAUGGUUGUGUUUUAAGCAUGAAUAAAAUUCUCUCAAAGACAUAAAUGGAGUUAGUGACAUAAUUUGCCGGAUGACACUUAAGCAAUCAUUAAUGCCCCAUGAUAAUGUCAUGUCAUAAGUGUUACUUAUUAACCCAAAUAAAUCAACAAAUAAGCCGCACUGGUCUAUAAGCCACAGGAUUCAAAAUGAGGGGAAAAAAUAGUGGCUUAUAGUCUGAAAAUUACCGUAUUUCAUUUGUGUAGAAUUUAGCGGUUAGCCUUGGUAUGGUGCAUUCAAGUGUUGACGGUUGGCACGGUUUUUACAUUCUUAGUGCUCUUGUGAAACGUUUUCCAGUCCUACAAUUUUUUUUACGGCGGGCUUGUGGCGUUUGCGCUAAUGACGUCUCUUUUUUUCUGUUCAAUCAUUCAGGUUUUUGUCUUUUUUUUUUCAAUACAUGCAAUUCUAAAUGGUCUUUUUAAGGCAAACUGUGAUGUGCAUUAAUGAUUUGUUUGUGGCUAACUAAAUAGUGCCCUUUCCUACAGUGACUUCCUUCUGUACGUGAACCCACAGUGCUAAAAACCCUCUUUAGACGUCUCGUGGACGCUUGGCUUCAGUGCUGUGUCGUUUCUAUCUUAUUUUUAAUAACUAUUGCACUCUACUCAAGAAUUAAAGAAAAAAAUCAUGUUUUCUCUAAAAAAAAGGCUUCAAAUGUCAAUGUCCACUUUUUCCUCUACAUAGGUUUUUAGUUGCUUUCCUUCUAUUUUAUUUUUAUGUGUCGAGCGCAUUCGCCAGUCUGACAAGGAGUUCCAUUGCUUCAAGUUUUAUACAUGUCAUACUUAAUAUGUACCUAUUAAAUAUUUGGAUUCAAGACGGCUGUGUUUCUUUGUGGAUUACUGAAAGCACAUUGGAAAGAAACUGUACGUUUUGAUUGAGUUAAGGCUUGAUUUUACACAGCAGGUCUACGGUGACUUUUGUUAUUUUGUCCAAUAAUUCUUGCUUCCUCCCUAAAAUGUCAGAAAACGGGAAACAAUUUUGUUUUCCAAGUAAAAGGAGAUGUCCGCAAAUUUGCAUUCAAGUAUUAGUGAGGGAAAUCCGUCAGCAGGCUGUGCUGGCGGGUAGUAAUGCUUGAGGGAAUAGGGGUCCGUGAUUAUGAGUGAUUGUUAGUUGUUUUUUUAAUCCUGUCUUGUCAUGUUUUUUUGUUGUUGUUUUUUUUAUAUACAGUGGGGCAAAUAAGUUGCCUGGCACGGCCAGACUGUUCUCCCUGUAUUUUUCAAACACUGAGAGAAAAGUCUGGGAACCAGCCCAUUAACGGCCUCUCGAGCAGGUACAAAAUAAAUCGACAAAUCAGAUUCGUUUAUUUGCGUGACGUGUUCUUAACGAGCAACGUCACUCUUGCGCGUUGGAAGUCGUCUCCACAACAACACAGAUGGUGAACAGGAGAGCCGAGAAUAUGUUCCAAUCCACGGUAAAAUCAGUUUUAAAUUAGCAAAAACACAUCGACACGAGUCAUUGACAACAGUCCGUCUCGCGCUAGCCAUGUUGAAUAAACUCCGCUCUCCUCGUAUGUUUACUUCCGCGCGCAAGUCCCUCAUCCUGUCCUCGUCGUUUUACUAACGUCACGUCUGCCCGUUGCUGACUGGUCCACUCCGCUGUCUGUUUGCUGUGGCUUGCUCCGCCCUGGAAAUUGAAUCUGCUGAAUGGUGGCCAGACUCAAUAGCUGGAACAGCGGUGAGUCUGGUGUACCAGGCAAGCAAAUAAGUUCUCCUACUUGAAAAGAUUAGAGAGGCCUGCAAUUGUCAACAUGGGAAAACCCCAACCAUGAGAGAGAAAAAAAAAAAACUGAAAAUCACAUUGAUUUUUAAAGAAUUUAUUUCCAAAUUAGAGUGGAAAAUAAGUAUUUGGUCACCUACAAAUAAGCCAGAUUUCUGGCUGUCAAAGAGGUUUAACUUCUUCUAACGAGGUCUAACGAGGCUCCACUCGUUACCUGUAUUAAUGGCACCUGUUUUAACUCAUCAGUAUAAAAGACACCUGUCCACAAACUCAGUCAGUCACACUCCAAACUCCACUAUGGCCAAGACCAAAGAGCUGUCGAAGGACACCAGAGACAAAAUUGUAGACCUGCACCAGGCUGGGAAGACUGAAUCUGCAAUAGGUAAAACACUUGGUGUAAGGAAAUCAACUGUGGAAGCAUUAUUAGAAAAUGGAAGACAUUCAAGACCACUGAUAAUCUCCCUCGAUCUGGGCUCCAUGCAAGAUCUCACCCCGUGGCGUCAAAAUGAUAAGAACGGUGAGCAAAAAUCCCAGAACCACACAGGGGGACCUAGCGAAUCACCUACAGAGAGCUGGGACCACAGUAACAAAGGCUACUAUCAGUAAUACAAUGCGUCACCAAGGACUUAAAUUCUGCACUGCCAGACGUGUCCCCCUGCUGAAGAAAGUAUACGUCCAGGCUCGUCUGCGGUUCAUUAGAGAGCAUUUGGAUGAUCCAGAAGAGGACUGGGAGAAUGUGUUAUGGUCAGAUGAAACCAACGUAUAACUUUUUGGUAGAAACACAGGUUCUCGUGUUUGGAGGAAAAACAAUACUGAAUUGCAUCCGAAGAACACCAUACCCACUGUGAAGCAUGGGGGUGGAAACAUACUUUGGGGCUGUUUUUCUGCAAAGGGACCAGGACGACUGAUCCGUGUAAAGGAAAGAAUGAAUGGGGCCAUGUAUCGAGAGAUUUUGAGUGAAAAUCUCCUUCCAUCAGCAAGGGCAUUGAAGAUGAGACGUGGCUGGGUCUUUCAUUGUAUUCACGUCAUUAGGGUUCCAUUCACAUCUACAGAUGUUUUCAUCAGGUGUUUGACAACACCUGAUGGAAACCUUUGUUCUUAAGAGUGGUGGACUUUGGGGGUUGAAUAAUAUUGUCAAUGAGGUAAUCACAGAAAGGCCAUUAAUUGGAAUAUUCCCAAAAAUAUUUUUGUUAUUUCAGUUGAAUUUGUCCAUUUGACAUGUCAUUAUUUAUUGUGAUUAUAAACAAGAUGAAAAAUGAAUGUCAGACUUGCAAAAACACUUACCCACUAUGGGGGUUGAAUAAUGUAACUGCACAUGCAGUUUGCCUGUUGUCACUUCCCAGCUAUUUUUGUCAUUGGCCUACUACACUCACCAGCCACUUUAUUAGGUACACAAUGCUAGUAACGAAUUGGACCCCCUUUUGCCUUCAGAACUGCCUCAAUUCUUCGUGGCAUAGAUUCAACAAGGUGCUGGAAGCAUUCCUCAGUGAGUUUGGUCCAUAUUGACAUGAUGGCAUCACACAGUUAGUGAUUUGAGUGACUUUGAACGUGGCAUGGUUGUUGGUGGCAGAAGGGCUGGUCUGAGUAUUUCAGAAACUGCUGAUCUACUGGGAAUUUCACGCACAACCAUCUCUAGGGUUUACAGAGAAUGGUCCAAAAAAGAAAAAAAUAUCCAGUGAGCGGCAGUUCUGUGGGCGGAAAUGCCUUGUUGAUGCCAGAGGUCAGAGAAUGGCCAGAUUGGUUCGAGCUGAUAGAAAGGCAAGUGACUCAAAUAACCACCGUUACAGCCAAGGUAGGCAGAAGAGCAUCUCUGAACGCACAGUACGUCGAACUUUGAGGCAGAUGGGCUACAGCAGCAGAAGACUCCUUUCAGCUAAGAACAGGAAACAACAACAAGGAAAGGCUACAAUUGGCACAAGCUCAUCAAAAAUUGGACAAUAGAAGAUUGGAAAAACGUUGCCUGGUCUGAUGAGUUGAUUUCUGCUGCGACAUUCGGAUGGUAGGGUCAGAAUUUGGCGUCAACAACAUGAAAGCAUGGAUCCAUCCUGCCUUGUAUCAACGGUUCAGGCUGCUGGUGGUGUAAUGGUGUGAGGAAUAUUUUCUUGGCACUCUUUGGCCCCCUUGGUACCAAUUGAGCAUCGUUGGAACGCUACAGCCAACCUGAGUAUUGUUGCUGACCAUGUCCAUCCCUUUAUGACCACAAUGUACCCAACUUCUGAUGGCUACUUCCAGCAGGAUAAUGCGCCAUGUCAUAGCUAGGAUCAUCUCAGACUGGUUUCUUGAACAUGACUAUGAGUUCACUGUACUCAAAUGGCCUCCACAGUCACCAGAUCUCAAUCCAAUAGAGCAUCUUUGGGAUGUGGUGGAACGGGAGAUUCGCAUCAUGGAUGUGCAGCUGACAAAUAUGCACCAACUGUGUGAUGCCAUCAUGUCAAUUAAGCACCUCAGAUACCACCCCAACAACAUUGUCCCCCCCCAAUAUUUAGUCUUGGCAAUGUUUAAAAAAUAUAUAGAUUUCAAAUAUUUUUCAGUAUAAUCCACAUCUACCUUAACUCGUUCAGCACCACUGACAUCAAUGGACAUCCAAUUUAACCAGGAUCACCAAUCCUCCCAGUUAAAAUGGGAUUGGAUGUGCGUCGCCAUCAGUGGCAGUAAGGUAAUGCAGCACUAACUGACACGCCAAGGAUUUAGUUUCAUUUUAACACUUUCAAAACACAAAUUUUGGAAUUUGUUUUAUUAUAAGAGAAGAACAUUGGUACAGAAGCACUAAAUGCCAGGUGAACAUAGUGAACCCAAAAGGAAUGCAGAGCCAAAUUCAGUCUAAUCAUACCUUUUCACAUUAAACAAAACAUGAAAAUAAUGAAAUUUACAUGUCAAAAUUACAUAAGGAAAAAAAAAAGCCCUUUGGAUAUAUCCCUUCCUGUCAUUAAAAUGAUGUAACUAUUAAUAAAAUACCAAUCAACGGGGCUGUUUACAUAAGUGAAGGUAAGUUAGUGCUACACAAGUGGUCCCCCUGAAAUAUUUGAACAUGACAGCCAUUUUGUUGCCGCAGUACCGAUUGUACAUAUAUAUUUAAGAAAAAAAAAAGUCAAACAAAAAACCUGAUCUUUUAUGUGUUGUACAUUCAAACAAUGGAACGACUCCAUAGGUAAACAAAGAAAGAUCUACAAACCCACAGCUAACACUAAAUCCAAUGCCAAACUUUCCUUUCUUACCAAAUGGGAAAAAAAGAUCAA